AAAGAAAUUGUUGCAGAUACAAAAGAGCGCAUAAUAACUGUGGAAGAAAAAUUAAAAGAGAAAGGAACUAGGGAUGACAUUGAUAAUGAAGAUGUGCAAGAAUCUUAUUUUCGUUACAUGGAAGAAAAUCCAAAUGCUGGAGUGGUUAACGAGGAGGAAGACAUAAUUGAUUAUGACAGUGAUGGGAAUCCAAUCUUAGAACGCAAAAAGGUGAUUGACCCGCUUCCACCACUUGAUCACUCCACAAUAGAAUACCAACCAUUUGAGAGAAAUUUUUAUGCACCUCAUGAAGAAAUUGAAUCAUUGUCUGAUGAUCAGGUUGAUGAACUCAGGAGAAAGCUGGGUAUUAAGGUUUCAGGUCUCUCUCCACCACAUCCAGUUAGUAGCUUUGCACACUUUGGAUUUGAUGAUUCUUUACUGAGUGCAGUUAGGAAAUCAGAAUAUACACAGCCUACUCCGAUUCAGGCACAGGGAAUCCCUGUUGCUUUGAGUGGCAGAGACAUGAUUGGGAUUGCAAAAACUGGCAGUGGUAAAACAGCAGCAUUUAUAUGGCCUUUAUUAAUUCACAUUAUGGAUCAGAGAGAACUGCAAAAAGGUGAUGGUCCAAUUGGUGUAAUUUUGGCACCGACUCGUGAACUGUCUCAACAGAUAUACCACGAAGCAAAGAAGUUUGGAAAGGUUUACAACAUCAACGUGGUGUGUGCCUAUGGUGGUGGCAGCAUGUGGGAACAGUCAAAAGCUUGCCAAGAAGGAGCAGAAAUUAUUGUUGCCACUCCCGGAAGGCUGAUUGAUCUUGUGAAAAAAAAGGUCACCAACCUGCAGAGAGUGACUUACCUUGUCUUUGAUGAAGCUGACAGAAUGUUUGACAUGGGCUUUGAACCCCAGGUUAGAUCUAUCGCAAACCACGUGAGACCAGACAGACAGACUCUUUUGUUUAGUGCUACAUUUAGGAAGAGGGUGGAAAAGUUAGCCAGGGACAUUCUUGCUGAUCCGAUCCGAGUUGUUCAAGGGGAGGUUGGUGAGGCAAAUGAAGAUGUCACCCAGAUUGUAGAGGUUCUUCCACUCGGUCCAGCAAAAUGGACAUGGCUAAUGAGACGAUUGGUUGCUUUCACAUCAGAAGGAAGUGUUCUCAUAUUUGUGACACGCAAAGCAAAUUCUGAAGAGUUGGCUGCUAAUCUGAGAGCUAAAGACUUUGAACUGGGUCUGAUGCACGGAGACAUGAGUCAAGUAGAAAGAAAUGAGAUCAUAAGUGCGUUCAAGAAGAAAGAGUUUUCUAUUCUGGUUUAUCUCCUUACAGCUCGUGGUUUGGAUAUUCCGCACAUAAAAACGGUGAUCAAUUAUGAUGUGGCACGUGAUAUUGACACACACACUCACAGAAUUGGAAGAACUGGUCGAGCUGGCACUAAAGGUCAUGCUUACACACUUGUCACAGAAAAGGAUAAAGAAUUUGCACCCCAUUUGGUGAGAAACCUGGAAGGUGCAAAUCAACAUGUUCCACCUUCUUUGUUAGAUCUGGCGCAGAAGUGUCCAUGGUUCAAGACAAACCGUUACAAGGGUGGAAAAGGUAAAAUUAUGGCUGGCAGGGGAUUAGGGUGCAAAGAAAGGCCAGGACUUGGAUCAGAGAAUAGCACCAAAGUCCAGGAUGCUAUGAUUCUAAGCAGCUUCAGACCAUCCACUGCAGGCCCCCAGUCUGACAGGCUUUCAGCUAUGAAAUCUGCAUUUUAUUCUCAGUUCAGAGGCAGUUUCGUCUCAGCACAAGAGCAAGAUAAAUCAGCCAGUGAGGAAAACUAUGCAGCCGCUGGAGGAGCAUCACAGUUAAACACAGCAAUCAUGCAGCCUCAGAUGAUCCAACCUUCUGGAAUAGGUGGUGCAUCUCGCAUGGGCCUGGGAAGUGAUGGCCCACCAAAGAAGAAAAAGAAGAGCCGUUGGGACUGA